AUGUCUUCCAUCAAAAUUGCCCUUGCUGAAAUUGCAACUACUCUUGACUCCAUCAACCACAAAAUGAACAUUGACCAGAUCAAUGCCAUAGCCAACAACAACCCUACAGAAUCCCUUUCCUUGUCUUCCAUAUCCACCUUGUUCAAGCCAGAUUGUGUUGUCUUAGAACAUGAACAUGCUUUGGAUGUGAAAUAUAAAACUGUAAUACUUGACAUCCAGAUGGAUGAUGUGGAGCAGCUUGACAUGCAAACAGAUGCUCAGAGGAAGGAGAUAGAGGACCUUAUCAGCCUCUGGAUUCAAAAUGAGAUGGAGGGGUACCAAGCAAUUGCUGUCAUCAGAGACAAAAUCAUCAACUUGAUGGAUUAUGCACUCUUGUAA